AUUCUGAGAAGUUAUAUAGAGAAGAGGCAGAGAGGAGUCAGAAAGAGGAGUUAGAGAGAGGAGGUAUAGAGAACAGGUGAGAGGAGUCGCAGAGAGGAGAGUACCAAGAGGAGUCAUCGAGAGAGGAGCUGGGAUUCUGAGCUGCCGCCUCCUCCCCUGCCAGGUGAGGACAGAAUGGCUUCACCUCCCUCCUUCAUCACCUCUGUGGUCAAUGCCCCGCCAAUUGGAUGCAGUUGUGAACCCCCGGCCUUCAUCCGGCCCCCCCGGAACGCCACAACGAUCCUCGGAGGAGAAGCCCGGCUGGACGGGAAGGUGCGUGGGCUUCCUGAGCCGCAGGUCACAUGGUACAGAGAAGGCCGGGCUGUGAUUGGUGGGGAGCGCUGCAGUGUGGAGCGAGGUGGGCGUGGCCUCUUCAGCCUCGUGGUGGACCGAGUCACAGCAGAGGACCUGGGCCAGUACACAUGUCGGGCAUCCAAUCAGGCAGGGACUCGACAGGUCACCGUGGAGAUCGUGCUCGCAGAAGAUUCUGGGAGGAGUGACGUCCUGUCCUCCUGCAGGAGAGCAAGGGACUCACACUGCAGGACCAGCAUGUGGAGUGAAAGUCCGCCGAAGUUCAUCUCCAGACCGAGCCGAGUGCUGGCGGAGCCGGGUGGGACGGCCAAGUUUUCCACUAAAGCCACCGGACGCCCUCCACCACGGGUCACAUGGUACAAGGGGGAGGCGGAGCUUCGAUCCUGUGGGCGUGUGCGUGUGUAUGAGCGCCACAGCCUCCACAUCCUGGAGAUCAGCGACGUGCGAGCGGACGAUGAAGGCCGCUACACGUGUUCGCUCGUGAACGGAGCCGGGACGGCGGCGGCCAGUGCCGAGCUCAAGGUCCAGGGUGGCCCGGCCAAUCAGAGUCCGGGAAAGCAGAGCGAGGUUACAGAGGUCAAAGAGGUCAAAGAGGCGAAAGCUCCGCAAUUUAUAAGUGGUCUGAAGGACAUGAGGGUGAUGGACGGCAAUAGAGUCACCAUGACGGUGGAGCUUAGAGGCAUCCCUCCUCCUCAGGUGGUUUGGCUCCAUGAUGGGGAGGAAGUGAAGGAGUCGGAGGACUUCCAGCUGCUCCGGGAGGAGAACCGAUGCAGCUUGCUGAUCCAGGAGGUGUUUCCUGAAGACACAGGGACCUACGUGUGUCGAGCUUGGAACGAGCAUGGAGAGGAUCAGACCCAGGCCCGGCUCACUGUGGAAGAGCCGCCACACGGAGUCCAGCCCUGGUUCAUCACUCGACCCAAAGAGGUGAGCGCUGCGGUGGGACAGCAUGUCCUGCUGUCCUGUGCUGUGGCCGGAGACCCCUUCCCCCGCUUCAGCUGGAGCCGGCUGGGCCGACCUCUGACCUCCGGAGCAGACUACCAGGUUCUGCAGAAGGACGAGGUGGUGUCUCUGCUCAUCAGAAGAGUGAAGAUGCAUCAUGCUGGGGAAUACCUGAUCAGCCUGAGGAACUCUGUUGGUGAGUGCAGCUCUGCAGCCUGGCUGACUGUCAGUGAAAAACACCUAGACAGCUCACCGGCCUCAGGACGACGUAGAGGAGGAGGAGGAGGAGGAGGAGGAGGAGGAGGAGGAGCAGCAGGAGGAACAGCUGGGUGGACUGCAGAACCCAGAGGAGGUGACACAGAGCGAGGAGUUGGAGGAGGAGGAGGCGGUUGCUGUGGUGAAGUCAGUCGGCAGGAUUCUGACCCGGAGCAGAACCGGCAGCUCCUGCACCUGCAAAAGGAGGCGCAUCAGGAGGAGCAGGAGGAGAAGGAGCACCGGGGCCGUGCCGCCGCUCCUCGAGGACUCCUCCGACACUGCGUGGACACUCGAGCGUGCGGGGAGCAGGAGCUGCGACAGAGGGAGGUGCAGCAGCUCGACUUCCGCUCGCUGCUGAGACGCCAACUUCUCCACGCCAAGACCUCCUGCACCGAGGAGGAGCAGCAGCAGGAGCCGCAGGAGGAGGAGCGCCACCGCCACCUCAUGGAUUUUAAGGCCAACCUGAAAGGCGUCCGGCCCAAGCCGGAGGAAAAGUCCAACUCCUCGCAGCAGGUGGACUUCCGCAGCGUGCUGGGAAAAAAGGGCGGCUCCGCUGGUGGGGGCGACGGGAACAAGGCGGGCGCCGCCGCCGAUGGAACCAAGGGGAGCACCGACUUCCGCUCCCUGCUCACCAACAAGAAGAAACCUCAGGGCCCCGAGAAGAACGGCGAGAAGAACGGCGAGAAGACAGCGGUCAACAACUGUGUGGAUGGAGGAAACAACGAGAAGAAGACCACCACCGCUGGGGGUGGAGGAGGAGGAGGAGGAGGAGCGGCCGGAACGCCGCCGGAGUUCGUGGAGAAGCUGAGUGACGUGACGGUGCUGGACGGACAGCAGCUCCACCUGCAGUGCCGCCUCAACACCUCCUCUGACGUCACCGUGACCUGGACGCUGGACGGCAAAGUCAUCAAGCCCUCCAAGUUCAUCGUCCUGUCCUACCAAGGAGGCCUGUGUUCUCUGAACAUCAACAAAGCUCUGCCGGAAGAUGAAGGACAGUAUAAAUGUCGAGCUGAGAACUCUGCAGGACAAGCCGAGUGCAGCUGCAUGGUCCUGGUCGAUGAUCCAACAGAAAACUCUUCAGCGGACAAAAAGUCCAAGAAGGCGACUCCGACCUCUGAGAGUGAAGCCAGAAUAAAGAAACCAACUACGAAGACUCCACCCAAACAAGCUCUGCCUCCUCAGAUUCUGACCUUCCCAGAGGACAUGAAGAUCUUGGCUGGAGAGAAGGUGGAGAUCCUCUGUAAGUUCUCUGGAGCUCCUCCCAUCACCUGCACCUGGCUCAAGUUCAGGAAACCAAUCCAGGAGGGCUCAGCUGAUAUCUCCAUAGAGAGCAGUGACAGCAGCAGUAAGCUGACCAUCACCAGCGGCCAGCAGGAGCACUGCGGCUGUUACACCAUCGAGCUGAGGAACAACUACGGACUCCGACAGGCGGCGCUCAACCUCACCAUCGUUGAUAAACCAGACCCCCCGGCGAAGGUCCCUGCUGCCUCGGACAUCCGCCGGUCCUGCCUGACCCUGUCGUGGUACGGGCCCACGUACGACGGCGGCAGCGCCGUUCAGUCCUACAACCUGGAGAUCUGGGACUCGGUGGAUCAGCAGUGGAAACACCUGGUGUCCUGCAACAGCACCUCCUACAACGUGCAGAACCUUCUGCCGGAGCGUCAGUACAAGUUCCGGGUCCGGGCGGAGAACAUCUACGGCGUGGGAGAGCCCAGCGCCGAGUCGGAACCGGUGACCGUCGGCCUGGCCGACAGUGACGAGAACCAGGAGGAGGCAGAGGCAGAGGAGGAGGAUGAUGAUGUGGAAAAAGAGCCGGAAUACAGAGACGUCACCAUCAAGACGGAAACGAAGGUGAAGGAGCUGUACGAUGUGGAGGAGCGGCUGGGAACGGGAAAGUUCGGGCAGGUCUUCAAGCUGGUGGAGAAGGCCACAAAGAAGGUGUGGGCAGGAAAGUUCAUCAAGGCGUACUCAGCCAAGGAGAAGGAGAACGUCCGGCAGGAGAUCGGCAUCAUGAACAGCCUCCACCACCCCAAACUGGUGCAGUGCGUUGACGCCUUCGAGGGCAAGUCCGACAUCGUCAUGGUGUUGGAGAUGAUCUCUGGUGGCGAGCUGUUUGAGCGGAUCAUUGAUGAAGACUUUGAGCUGACGGAGAGAGAAGUGAUCAAAUACAUGCUGCAGAUCAUCGACGGCGUCAGUUUCAUCCACAAACAGGGAAUCGUCCACCUGGACCUCAAACCGGAGAACAUCAUGUGCGUCAACAAGACCGGCAGCAAGAUCAAACUGAUCGACUUUGGCCUUGCCCGGAGACUAGAAAACGCAGGAACUCUCAAGGUUUUAUUUGGAACUCCAGAGUUUGUGGCUCCAGAAGUGAUCAACUACGAAGCCAUCAGUUACCCCACUGACAUGUGGAGUAUCGGAGUAAUCUGUUACAUACUGCUGAGCGGUCUGUCCCCCUUCAUGGGCGAUAAUGAUAAUGAGACACUUUCGAACGUCACCUCGGCCACCUGGGACUUUGAGGACGAGGCGUUUGACGAAAUCUCCGACACUGCCAAGGAUUUCAUCACCAACCUGCUGAAGAAAGAUAUGAAGGCGCGGCUUACCUGUGCUCAGUGCUUCGAACACACCUGGCUGAAGCAGGACACAAACACCAUGAAGGCCAAGAAGCUCUCCAAGGAGCGCAUGAAGAAGUACAUCCUGAGGAGGAAGUGGCAGAAAACUGGUCAUGCUGUCCGAGCCAUCGGACGACUCUCAUCUAUGGCCAUGAUGGCUGGAGUCAGUGCAAAGAAGGGCUCACCCACCGAGGAGGAUAACCAGUUUCUGGAGUGUUUGGAGUACGAACAGAGAACAGAGUGUGCGCCGGUGUUCACUUCGGUCAUUAAAGACGUGGAGGUGGUAGAGGGCAGCGCGGCUCGCUUCGACUGUAAGAUUGAAGGUUAUCCUGACCCGGAGGUAGUGUGGUACAAAGACGAUCAGCCCAUCAAGGAGACCCGACACUACCAGAUCGACUACGAUGAAGAAGGAAACUGCAGCCUGAUCAUUUCAGAGGUGUCGGGUGACGACGACGCUAAGUACUUGGUGAAGGCGGUAAACAGCUUGGGGGAGGCGACCUGCACUGCAGAGCUGCUGGUGGAGGUGAUGGCUGGGGAGGGGGAGGAGGAGGAAGAGGAGGAGUGAAGACCCGACUGUGGACCACCUCAGGUGGGGGAGUUGCCCCUCCUCUGCUUUUCAGACCUGAACAGGAAAAACAAGAACCCCUUGUGAUUAAGCCCUGAUUGGUUGAGUGAGUGGGCGGAGUUUAACCUGGUUCAUUGUUUGGCGACACAGCUAGCGAGCUAGGUAGCUUUUCAGGCUAGUGCAAGUCUCAGACGUUUCAAUCACUUUUAAAACAAACAUCUGAUUAUUGAUGUAUAACCUUCCAGUAUAUAGAAGAGCAUUAAUUUAUUUAUCCAUCAAAUAAGUGUCUGAAAAUCAAAUUAUUCUCAUUAAUCUCAUUAUCUGAUCACGCUCAUGUGAAGGUGAUUGUUUUCAGCCCUUCACCUGAGGGUUAAACUCCGCCCACAGCAGAAGCCCCGCCCCCUCAGGUGGAUUGUAUUUCAGUGCUCUUAUAAAUGGUGACUAUGUUUUCGUGUGUGUUUUUUCAGCCUUCACUCACUUUGAAACACUUUUUUCUUGAGGUUUUUCCAUGUGAUGACGUGACUCUGUGUUGUGUUCACUGUCACUGCGGCUCACACUGAGCUCAGCAGGAGACUUCAAAAGUCCCCACAAACAUUUUGCUGACGGUUUGAAACAGGAGGUUUGGGGUGAGACCCUCACGAUGGCUGCACUCGUGGUGGAAAGCAGGUGUCUGUGGGGGUCCGCUGAUGAGGGCGAAGGUACGAACCCGGUCAGGACUCACAGAGUUCGGUCACAGAGAAGAAGACCAAAGAAAACGAGAGAAAAUGUUUACAAUGCCACACGUGUCAGGAUGCGUUCAGGUGCCUCUCUGGGCUCCGGCUGUGGUUCGGGUGUCUGUGUAAUCCAUCUGCUUUUGCUCUAGAAUUAAAACUGUGGACCUUUUCUGAUCUGACAUUACGCAUUAUGAUGAAAGUGGAAACACCCACUGUCACAACACACAAAGUGAUCAGUCUCCACAUCUGCUCCAUCUUGUCUGAAAAAGUAAUCUGAGUAGUCAACACUGAGCUCACGAGAACCCAUCCAGCCUGAGGGAUUGUGGCUGUUGGAGUACUUGGGACACCUUAAAGUGGCCGCACUCUGUGACCUCCGGCUGAAGGAACCGUGAUGGAGUUUGCUGAGGGAAUAUUGAUCUCUCUGUUCUGUUUGAGCACUUUUUUUUGUCUUUCUUUUGAGUUUUGACUUCGACAGCAGACAAUCAGCGCUGCCUUCUGCCACAAGCCUUAAGCCACACGUUUAUUCAUGAGGAUUUUAUCACACACACACACACACACACACACACACACACACACACACACACACACACACACACACGGGUAUGUGGGAUGGGUUGUGUGAACUCAGUUUUUAUUGUAAUCUGAGAUGCAGAUUUAUUAGAUGUUUGUCUCACAAUUUAAUUAAAGUCA